CGAAAAUGAAUGAAAAAUUGGACACAGUUGGAUUGCACCUCAGACGUAUAAGUUGCAGGCUGGACACCAAGUUGAAGCUGUCUCUGGACAAACACGCAACCUACAUCGAUCGGCAUUAAUUACUAUAUCUGGACUUGAACUUCGAAGCGCAAUUGCAUCUAUUUUUGAAGCAUACCAAUUAGAUCCAAAUACCCUAUAAAUUCCAUUCCCAACAUGGCCGACGAAAUCCCCCAACAGAUGCGUGCCGCAACCAUCAAGGACUUCAAUAGGGGUUAUGAAGUCAAAGACGUCAAAGUCCCAACCGAGCUCGGACCUAACGACGUCCUUGUCAAAAUUGCCGCCGCGGGCUACUGCCACACUGAUCUUCAAGUACAAGAGGGAGUUUAUGAAUCCGCUGGUGCCAAGCCUGGCCUUAUCGGCUCUCACGAGCCUGCUGGUACCAUCGUGAAGCUCGGCUCUGAAGCCGGCAAACAGGGGCUUCAAGUCGGCGACCGUGUCGGCUCCAUCAACACAUAUGGCUGCUGCGGCAAGUGCAACUCUUGUAAUCAGGGCAAGCAGGUCUGUGACAACCUCACCGGCAUGCUCGGUCUCACUCUCGACGGUGGCUUCGCCCAAUACAUGAAGGCCGACGCCAGAGUAGUGGCCAAGAUCCCUGAUUCAAUUCCUUGGGUCGAGGCUGCGCCAUUGUUCUGCGCGGGCGCCACGGUCUACGGAGCUCUCUGCGCGGCACAGCCCAGGAAGGACCAGUGGCUCGCAAUGAUCGGUGUUGGAGGUCUGGGUCACCUAGGCAUCCAGUACGCCAAGUCGAUGGGCUGCAAGGUCAUCGCAAUCGACAACCGUCAAGAGGCUCUCGAUCUGGCCAACGACGUUCCAUCGCACCUCAAGCCCGACCGCACUAUUCUCGUUGAUACCGAUGAGGCGCAGGAGAAGACAGUGAAGGAACUCCAGUCUUCUUUCUAUGAAAGCAACCCGGGCGUCGACCGCGUCGUCAUCAACACCGAGGCUCGGCCUCUCGUCAAGUUCGCCCAGCAGUUCCUGCGCAAGGGCGGUGUUCUCGUCGACGUUGGGCUCCCUGCCGACGGACCUUUCGAAGUGGAUCCUUUUGCCUUGAACUUCAAGGAGCAAACUAUCCGUGGCGCGUUGAUCUGCACCCCUGAGCGCAGCCGGGAAAUGCUUGAGCUACACGCCAAGAACGGAUGCAGAACACACAUUGAGAAGACCUACAGUGUUGAUCAGGCCAAUGAAAUGGCUGAGCACUACUUGUCCAAGCAACUCAAGGGUCGCUUGUGUAUGGUCUUCUAAAGGAAAUCCGGAAGCAGUCGUUGGAUGAUGUAAUGAUACCUAUAUGCGUACUAGUGUUUAGGCGAAACGAUGAGAUGACAG